GGCUUUUGCUGUCGGGUGCAGUGGAAACAGCACCAUUCUGGGAGGCAGGACGUGAGUUUUAGGCAUCAUUUUGUCCAGGACUGUGUGCCUAGAAGCCAUAACCACUCUGGGCUUCCCUGUCCUCACCUGUAAAACAAGGGCGUUGGGCUAGCUGGACCCCCCAGGGCCCUCCCAGUUGAGAGUUCUGUGAUCGACUUACCUCCCACUCUCAAAAGUUUGGAGAAUAAACUCAUUUUCCAACCUCUCUGCACCUUGGAUUAUUAUAGAAUUAGCCAAAUAUUUCCUGUGGGUGUAUUCGUUUGAACUUUUCAUUAUGUUAUUUUCUUCCCUUCUCCCUGCCUUAUCUUGGCAGAGAAAGCAAUGUUGGAAAUAGAGGUAGGGUCACAGCUGGAAAAAGCUGCCUUGAGAGGCGGAAAGGUGCCUACUCUGGGCUUAACGUAAUCGCCAGGAAUGUUUCCUUCCAAUGCACCACGUUCAAGGUGUGCCAGCACCGUGGGCCCAGCAGGAAUUCUUUCCCCUGCUCCAGCCUGUGGGGCUGCAGUUGGUGCGUGGCGGUGGAAGAAUGCGAUUCAAGGAUCAGGUUAUGGAAAACUUUCCUCUCCCAAACAUAACCUCCGAGAACGUAGGAGCAUAGUUUCCCUUCUUUGUCGGGGCUGUUUGGAAAAAACAAAGUUUAAAAUCACUUGUCAAAGCUAGGAUGCCACAGCCCUUUAACCUACCCCUAAGCGAGGGACCAAGGUUUGCUUCUGAGAUAAUAGCAAAGGAUAACAAGGGAUACUUGACAACAGAAAGCAAACGGGCAAUAGCAGAAAACUCACAAAGUGGGCAGGGGGAUUUGGUAGCCAUCUUUACCGUUUCUUUUUAAGUGAGUGGUGGCUCUUCUUCACCACUAUCCAUCCGUUCGUUUAGGAGAAUCGUAAGGGAAGACUGGAGGCUCAGAGUUUUCUGUCGGUGUUCUCAGGAGCCUUGGAACUCCAUGGUGGUCCCUCGGGGCUGGCCUGGCUGGGAGAGCCGGGAGCAGGAUUGCCCAGUGUGGAAUGGGGGACCAUCAGCCGGAUCCCCCCCACUCCAGCUAUAUACGGAGCAGCUGUACUGCCACCCUCCUGGUUUAUAUGCUGUUCUGGGAAAUGGCCAAGUUCACUCCUGGGCACUAGUCACAAGCCACGCCUUAGACACCGCAUGGGGAAUAGCAAAGGGGUCCGUGAUGUUGGCGGUUUCCUUGCUGGUGGCUACCCUCUGCUACUUCCGAAGGCUGCACUUCCAUUUAGGGCACCGGCUGAAAUGGUGGAGUGGAUAUCUGCAAAGAAAAUUCAAAAGGAACCUCAGCGUGGAGGCGGAAGUUGAUUUACUCAGCUAUUGUGCAAGAGAAUGGAAAGGGGACACGCCCCGAGCCAAGCUGAUGAGGAAGGCGUACGAGGAGCUGUUUUGGCGGUAUCACAUUAAAUGUGUUCGACAAGUAAAGAGAGAUAACUACGACGCACUGAGAUCGGUGUUAUUUCAGAUAUUCAGCCAGGGCCUUUCUUUUCCAUCCUGGAUGAGAGAAAAAGACAUCGUUAAGCUUCCUGAAAAACUGCUCUUUUCACAAGGUUGUAAUUGGAUCCAGCAAUACAGCUUUGGUCCUGAGAACUAUACGGGUUCGAAUGUGUUUGGGAAAUUGCGUAAAUGUGUGGAAUUAUUGAAAACACAGUGGACUGAAUUCAGUGGAAUUAGAGAUUAUCACAAGAGAGGAAGCAUGUGCAACAUCCUUUUCUCUGAUGCCAUUCUGGAAUAUAAACUGUAUGAAGCUUUAAAGUUCAUCAUGCUGUAUCAGGUCACUGAAGUUUAUGAACAAAUGAAGAUGAAAAAGGUCAUUCCCAGUCUUUUCAGACUCCUGUUUUCCCGGGAAACGUCAUCCGAUCCUUUGAGCUUCAUGAUGAAUCACCUAAAUUCUGUCGGCGACACCUGUGGACUAGAGCAGAUUGAUAUGUUUAUACUUGGAUAUGCCCUUGAGGUCAAGAUAAAAGUGUUCAGGCUGUUCAAGUUUAACUCCAGGGACUUUGAAGUCUGCUACCCAGAGGAGCCACUCAGGGAGUGGCCGCAGAUCUCCCUGCUGACCGAGAAUGACCGUCACUACCACGUACCUGUCUUUUAAGUCUGGCGGGGACCGGGCGCCCGCCAAUGACAGUGGUCACACCUGCCAGUAAAGUGUUCCUGGAAAACAGAAACUAGUGUUGUAGCCACCGAAGGAAUGAGGCCCUUCUCUGGAGUUACAGGUACAUGGGACGCAGCAGUGCACAGGUGGCUUUUCUCUGUUUUUCAGUGAUUUCCUCCAAAGCAGCUGCACUAAUUCAUUGUGGGUCGUGGUUUGACCUCAUUCGUGAGGGCUGUGGUCACUUCACACAUGGUGGGCCUAGACAAGCACGAGAACGUUUCGUUUGGACAAGACCAACAACAGGAGCAAAGAAAAUGAGUAGGUUUUCCUACUAACCUAGAAAGAAUGAAUUUGCUUCUGACUUUUACGUACUUCAUUAAGAAUCUUGUCUUUGGUUGAUUUUGGAUCCUCAUAAACAUGGCCUUAUUUUAUAAGCAUUAGCUUCCCAGGAAUCUAUGGUAUAUUGAUUUUCUAGAACCACUUGAUUAACUGUAAAAUUAUGGGUAUACACACACACAUACCCAUAUGUAUACAUGUAUAGUUUUAUAUCUAUACAUAUACACACAAAUGACCACUACUUUGUAAUGUUGUACAAUUUGUUUUAUAUCUUUUUGCAUUUUUUAUUGUUACAUCUGGCCAGUUUAAUAUGUUUUAUAUAGAUAAAAAAUGAUAAAUUCUGUAGAUUAAGGAACUGAAUGACAGUUAUUAAGCUGUCAGGAAAAUAUUAAACUGUGGUGUAUUGACAUGUGUAUUGAAUGCGUGGUAGAUAGAAUCAUGCCCCCCUUUCUCCACUUUCCCAGAAAGAUGUUAAGUCCUAAUCCCAGAACCUGUGAGUAUGUUGGGUUGAAUGCAGAGGAGAGUAAAGUUGCAGGUGGAACGAAGGUACUAGUCUGCUGAGCUGGUUAGAGGGAGAUUAGUCUGGGUUCUCCAGGGGAAUCCAAUAUAAUCACAAGAGUCCUGACAAGUGGAAGAGGGGAUUGGAGGAGUGUGAGAGUCAGAGGGAAGUGAGAAACCCGAAGGACAGUAGGGAAGGACAGUAGGGAGAGAUGCGACAUGCUGGUGUUGAAGAUGGGGGAGGAGCCACAAGCCAAGAGAUGCGUGCAGCCUCCGGGAGCUGGAAAAGGCAAGGGAGUGGCCUCCCCUGGAGCGUCCAGGAGGGAACACGGCCCUGCCAGAGCCGUGAGUUUAGCCCAGUGACACCUGGGCCGGACCUCUGACCUCCAGAACUGUAAGAUAAUACAUUUGCGCUGUUUCAGUAGCUAUUUCCGGAAAUGUGUCAUAGCAACAAUAGACAGUUCUUGGGCUAACUAAUUUUGGAAAUACUUUUCUAGUUUAUUUUGGUAAUUUUUAUUUUGGCGGUACUAUGCUAGUCUGUCAUGGAUUUCAAUAAAUACAAAAUACUUCAAAUCUUGGCUAACCAUAUACUGGCCUCCUUGAUGUGUUUGAGGCUGACGUUUUCUCGCAUUUUCAUAUUGUUUCUACUAUAAAUAAAAAAAGAGGUAUGGUAAAUGCUGUGGUGUAUGAAAAUAACAUUGACUCUUGAAUAAUCACCAGUGUGUCCUACAUAAGCCAGAUGUCUAAAUUGUACGUUGUGUUCUGCCUGCUGUCGAUUUUGUUUUCUGGUUGGAGAGUAAAUAGCUCAGACCACUUUGCAUUACUUUGAGAGCCACGCAAACAAAACGGGCCCUCUUGGUUGAUCUCUACAGUCCUUUCCUGCCUGGAAGUGUCUAUGCUUUUGCACAAGCCCUGUCAUGUAAUUGACACUGUGGGAGGUUACCCCCUGAUGCAUUACAGGGACCUGGAAAAAUGAACUCUACCCUUUGCGUUGACAAGCAGAGCGGACGAGAGCCUGCGUGGGCUGUGACUAGCACUCCUAGGAUUGCUGCUUCUGACUUCUGGCUCCAGUGGCACCUACCUCGCAUCUGUAUAUUGCCACUCGCCUUGCAACCCCUUAUCCAGUGUCAUUAUUUCCUCAUCUAUCCAGGACUGAAAGAGAAAACCCUUUCACGGGGAUUGGCAGCCUGUGGCUCUGUGACAUGGCGACCCACUAUGUCUAUCCUUCACUGUGUGCUGGGGCACAGGGCAGAGUGGGGCAAGAAUUCUUUAAAGAGAGGGGCAAGACCAAAUUGUGAAAACAGGACAUUUCAGUACAAUGAAAGGAAAAAGUAAAGGAGACCUUUAAAUAGUUGCUAUUUGGGGGAAGGCAUCAACACAGGAUUUUAAGGGAGGAGGUAUUUUAUGGUUUUAUUUUUAAUUCAGUUGUAUAUUGAAUGUAACAAACUAAUUAGAAGGAACUGCAUAUAAAUUAGCACCACUUUUAAAUGCCAGCAAUUAAUUGGAGGUGAAUUGCCUGUGUGAUGCCAACAUUUAGUGUCUUUCUAACAUUAUUUGUUUUAAAUGAUGAAUUAUAGCAAAAAUGAAAACAUAUGCCAUUGUCUUUUCUGAUUUUAGGUGUUUCUCUCAAGUGUUGGGUAUGUGUGUCCAUACUGAGGGGUUGUAUGAAUAUUAGUACAAUUUACCAUUAGUACAUACAAUUCACCAUUUUAACCAUUUUUAAAUAUAUAGUUCAGUGGCAUUAAGUACCUCCUCGUUGUCAUGCAACCAUCAUCACCACCCAUCCUCAGAACUUUUGUCAUCUUCAAGACUGGCUUUUUUGAUAGGAGGCAAGUUUAAUUCUCCUACCUGGUACCUGUUGUUUUGUUGUUGUUU